GCUAAGCAGCCCUCUCAAGCCAAGCCAAGCCUACUUCGUCGCGCGUUUCGAACGUCAUCAAGCUCGGCGGCGCAUGUUGCACUUGGCCGGUGUUUUGCUGAAGGAGCUCCUUGUUGUGUUCGUGUGCGGGUUUUUUCAUGGCAAAUGGAACGAAUGAAGUCGUAUUUUGUCGUGGAGCUGGGCAGAGUGAAGAUUCAGACAUCUGGGAUGACACUGCCUUGAUAAAAGCCUAUGAUAAAGCGGUUGUGUCGUUCAAGAACGCACUAAAGGGGGAGGAUGAAAUGGCUCCACCUAAAAAAGAGAAACCUGGAAAUAAACGAAAAAACAACAAAAAGAGCAAAAGCAGAAAGAGAUGUAAUGCGUCCCCUGACAGAGAGUGGAAAGUUGGAGACUCCUGUUAUGCGUUCUGGUCUGAGGAUGGAAACGUGUAUGCUGCGACUGUUUCCUCAAUUGACUCGGAUAAGGGCACCUGUGUUGUGUAUUACACUGACUAUGGUAAUGAGGAGGAGCAAAAUCUGAAGGACCUUCUGUCAGAUCUUGAAGAUUUGGAGGAGGAAACGAAAAAAACAGAUUUGAAAGAGGCUGAGUCUUCAACAGAGGAAAGUGAUAGAUCUUCUACUCCACACCAGUCUAGUCAACAGAAACACAAACCUAAAGGCAAAGGUCCAAUGGGCCCCCCCAUGUGGGGCCCUGGCUUUCCACCUGCCCCCCCUUUUGGUCCUCCUUUCAGAACAUCUGACAGAAGGAGAGGAGAUCCUGGACCUGCGUUCCCUGGCUGGCCUCCAAUGAUUCCUCCUGGUCCACCGAUGAUCCCACCUCCGCCACCAAUGAGUCCAGAUAUGUUGCAGGAUGAUGAGGCCUUAGGCAGCAUGCUGAUUUCAUGGUACAUGAGUGGCUACCACACAGGAUACUACUUAGGCUUGAAACAAGGUCGUAAAGAGGCUGCGGCAAAGAAGUCUCAUCACAAAUGAAUUUGUUGAAAGUUCAUCUGGUUAGCAUUUACUUCUGCUGUGUGAUGGGUGGGAAAAUCCAUGUUCCAUUUCAUGUUUUGUAUUCUUUGUACAUAAAUGAAUUAAAAGCCAUUAUGUUCUUUUUCACCUUUUGUAUAAAGUGAUCCUUUUCUUAAAGGCAAUAUGUAACAAAUAUCAGAAUUUCCCUUCAAUUCUGUCGUAUUUCCGAUUUGUUAAAGUACAAAGUUUUUGAGUUGACUGUUUUCACUGGAUGAUGGGUGGGGGUGGUCAGAGGAGGAGGUGAAACAUAUUGGGUUAACGCAGAUAUUUUUUUUUCUUCUUCUUCUUCUUAAAAAAUCCAUCAAAUGAUGUUUGCGUCCAUUGUAACGAUGAAUAGUCUUCGCAAAUGAGCCAAAACAUGCAGUUGCUUCACAGCGUGGUGCCAAAACAGCUCCAAAACGAUCCACUGAGGCCUGUAAGCAUGUCCCACAGAAGCUUGAUCGGGUUAAUGUCAGGGGAUUUUGGAGGCCAGGGCAACACUUUCAGCUCUUUGUCUUGUUCCGCAAACCAUUCCCGAACAGUGUGUGGAGUGGGACAUGGCACAUGAUCCAAAUGAAAGUGGCCACUGCCAUUUGGGAAUGCUCUUGCUGUAAAAUGGCAUGUGUCACACUGACAUCCGCACGAAUGCCUGGCCCCAGAGUUUCCCAGCAGAGCGUUGUAUCCUACUCCCUCCACCGUCUUAUCUUCUCUCCAAAUCUGCAUCAUGGUGCAAUCACUUCCCCACAUAAACAGUGCACAUGCAACCAGCCCUCCAUGUGAUGUAAAUGAAAACGCAGCUCAUCAGACCAGACAACCUUCUUCCAUUGCUUUGAGGUCCAUUCUGAGAGUGAACAUGGGUUAGCAUGGACACUUAACUGGUCUGUGGCGACACUGGAGGGUGCGAUGCACAGUGUUGUGACACAUUCCUCCCCUAACCAUCAUUAAAUAUUUCUGUGACUUGUACCACAAUAGCUCUUCUGGCAGUUUGGACCAGACAGGAUAGCCUUUACUGCCCUCACACAUCUGUCAUUGUCACUUGGUACUCAUCACUGCUGACCAGAAACACCUCACAAACCUCACCAUGUCAGAGAUUCAGAGACUAUUUGGCACAUCAGAGUCACUCAGGUCUGUAGGCCUGCCCAUUUCUCCCUCAACCAACACGUUGACUAUGAGAACUAACUGUAUACAAGAUAAUCAGCUAAUUCGCUUCAUCUUUAAGUAGUCAUAAGGUUUUUGGCUCAACUGUCUAUUGGUAAAUACACAAACCCUCUUUCUCAGGGAUAUGAUAAUUAUUUGAAUUUCAACAUCUAGAACUUAAUUACUAUAUUAAGUUUCUUAUGGCUGCCUCAGAGGAAAUGUUACACUUCACAAAAUGUAAAGUUUAAAACAGGUAGCAACCUAUCAAACACGACCAUUCAUAGACCACCAGGAGCUUCAAUUACAGGAAAGUGUUCUAAAGAACAUGGCUGCUGUAGUUAUCCAUGUGAUGUUUUGCAGUGUUGGACCACUGUAAAGGCCUACAGUGCAUGAUCUCAAGAUUAAACAUGGGCCAAUAGAAUCAGUUGGGAUAUAAAGUGAAAAUGUUUUUAAAUGGUUCCCAAAAUUGCAAAUCACUUCAACAGAGUCUGUGUAGGAAAGAGUAAUAAGGUAAAGUGAAAAUGAGGAUACACUCUACAGAGAGCACACUUUUCCAGAUUUUAAUGCACAAUUUACUCCUAACAGUAAAGUGAGGCUUGUGCAAAAGUUCCAGCACUUUUUAUGUAUUCAUGUACAGUAUAUGUGCUGUUUUUUCUUGAUUUAUUAAACCCAACAAAUAAAUGAAUUCCAAACUUUA